GUACGCAAUAUUUGAAGGUUGUGUUAUUCUGAAAGAGAAGAUAGGGAGGGCGGUUUGGUUUGGUGCAAAUGGAUUCCUUAGAAGACAGCGGCUGUUGGGAUUUUCUCGAUUACUCUUUCAUCGAUCAAGCGCCCCCUGAUUUCCUUUGGUCCAAUAACAAUAAUAGUGUGAGCACCGAAAUUGACAUUCCAGGUGAUGCUGUUGCUUGUCAAGAGAACACCAAGAAGAGGGGACGCACCGAUUCAUGCUUCAAGGCGGGAUCAAAAGCUUGCCGUGAAAAAUUGCGAAGGGAGAGACUCAAUGAAAGGUUCUGUGACUUGAGCUCUGUUUUGGAGCCAGGGAGACCUGUGAGAACAGAUAAACCAGCUAUACUUGAUGAUGCUAUCAGAGUCUUGAGCCAACUUAAAACCGAAGCCCAGGAGCUCAAAAAAACAAAUGAAAAAUUACUAGAGGAAAUAAAAUGUUUAAAGGCAGAGAAAAACGAACUACGCGAAGAGAAACUUGUUCUGAAAGCAGAUAAGGAAAGGAUUGAGAAGCAGUUGAAGGCCUUGCCCGUUGCACCAGCAGGGUUUAUGGCUCCACCUGUAGCUGCUGCUGCUGCAGCAUAUCAAGCAGGGGUGAACAAGAUGGCCGUAUAUCCAAACUAUGGCUACAUCCCAAUGUGGCAAUAUCUUCCUCAAUCUGUCAGAGACACAUCACAUGAUCAUGAGCUCAGGCCUCCAGCUGCAUAGUUGUUUCUAUUAUUGUUGCACUUUGGAUAAUUAUUUAACAUUUGCGAAGUAUUGACAUGUAAAUAUUGUCAUCGUUUCGAUUAUUUAUUUUUAUUUUUUACUUAGUAUAAUGUGCUAAAAAUAGGUUUUCAAGUAAUCUAUGAUGGCAAUGACAUGAAAACUCUGUCGAUGUACAUUGCAAAUUGCCCAGUUCUUCACUUCUUAGUAGCUCGCUAAAUUCAAUACUAAAUUUAUUGAAAGUUUUAUUUUAUGAGAAAAUCUAAGGUGA